AAUCAGUCCGUGCUUUCCUUAGUGAUUCACCAUAGACAUGGCGGAUUACAAAGAGGCACCUUUGGCUACUAGGCCAAAAACAUUAGAUCAAGCAGAGUACUUUAAUCUUUCACCUGAUUAUCGACGGGCCCAAGAGGAACGGGCUGCGCUAAGAAGUCGACUUAAAAGGCAGUAUCAGAUGCAGUUUAACAAUCCUCAUAGAAAGGGUAUAAUUGAGGAUCCUGCUAUUACACGGUGGACAUAUGCACGAAUGAGCAAUGUAUAUCCCAACUUCAGACCAACGGCGAAAACAUCACUGAUUGGUAGCUUGUUUGGAGUUGCACCACUCUUCAUCAUUUAUUUUUUAGUGAAGUCUGACCGGGAUGCGAAGGAGCAGAAGAUAAAGGAUGGGACUUAUAAGCGUCCUUACAAGCUCUCCUACUGAGUACUGAAAGUCAUGUUUCACUUUAACUCAAAAAGUACCUGUAUAAAUAAACAUCCUUUAUUGUUGAAA